AGGACAUCGGCGCACUGGGGAGAUCCUUGUCGCCAAGGAGUCUCGAUCCGGUCGGUCUGAUUAUGAGUCAUCUGCUGCUAAUGAUGAGGGCUGGGAAGAUCUUGACUCAGGUGACCAGUCCUCGUCAAGUGUCACCUCCGGCCUUGCGUUCGGCGAAAGUGGUCAUUUCCCCAGCACUGACUCUCACUCGUCUGAUUCCGGAACAUCGAGAUGGCCUUGGAAUUGGGGAAGCAAGAAGACCAAGAAGAAGCAGAAGAAGAGAAGGUCUCGCUCCUCGGAGAACCGCUUCCCCGCAGAAGCUGCGGUCGCAGCUGGUCUCGGUACGGCCGCCUUAGCAUCUGCAUACCACCGGGACUCCAAGGUGUCCAGUCACGAUGCUGCAAGUAGUACUGGAAGCCUUCAACAUGUGGCUCCUAUUCCCACCAGUGACCCUUCGCGUUUCGACGCCAUGAAGGUGUCAUCUCAACCUCCUUCCCAGCCGACAUUGGUCCGACCAGGGCCCAUUCCCCUGCAGCAGCCACAGCCAGUGACACCGGUCUCGCAGGCGGUAUACACUUCUCAAGGCGAAUCCAUCCCCUCCUAUAGCGUACCUGAUAUACACCCUACUCCUGCAAGCGCUUUCAUGCCUUACGAAACCCCAUCGAGAAGCGACAGGUGGAACCAGAGGACCGCAGACUAUGCUGAACGAAGUGAUAUCUCUUCAAGAAUCAGUCGGGCACACCGGCGUAGUGACUCCUCUCCGGUCUUUCACGCAGAGCCGCUUGAGAGAACGUCCACGUCAAGCUUUAGACGUCGCUCGACAUUGAAAGACCAGGCCUCGGUACAGUUUGACUUGACUGAGGAGCAGGCUAACAAGGAGCGACGUGCAAAUCGCCUCGAGAGUCUGAAACGCGAGGGCGAUGCCGGUGAAGGAGUGCGACUCGUUGAUAGAGAGCAAGAAAUGGCGCUUCGGGAUGCUGAGCGUCGAGCGAGCCAGCAGAGAGAACGUGAAUAUGAAAAGUCAAGAACCGAGGAAGAAAGUUCACGAAGCGAGAAAGAUUCCUCGUCAUUGAUAGGUGCUGCUGCUGUAGGAGCGAUAGGUGGUGUUGCUUUUGGCACGAUGCGUUCAAGAAGUUCGAACGAUGAUUCCUCCGAGACCGCGAGCCAACGUCGGCACGAGGAGCGUCGUGAAAAGCGUCGAGCAGAGAGGCGCCGCGUUUCCGAUUCAGAGUCUAUUGCAUCAAGUCUGCCAAUGUCGGAAAGUGGAAGAACCGUGACAGAUGUGCCUUCGCAGAUGGACCGCCUGCCAGAGGAUGUGAGGCCCCGGCAAUCCCGCCCACUUCCUCGCACAAAGCCCGUUUACGAGGACUAUGCUCAAUUCUUCGCCCCUGAAGAGCUACGCUACAGUCCUGAUACCUACACACGCCGAGAGCCCACCUCGAUGCCAACCAUUAUCGAAGUAGAGCCUGCCAACGAAUCUGCUGUUGUAACAGAGGAACCACACCCUGACUACAAUGGCUUGCCGUGGCCUGUACCCGGACUAACGCUUACUGAGCCAACACCCCCCCAUAGCCAGGUUGGCUCCGCCAGGGCGACGCCAAUCAUAUUGAUCCCUGGACGGCACGAAGAGGAGAACAGUUUUGAACGGCAAACAACCGGCUCACGAGUAUCAUGGGGCAAGCAUGAGACGCAUGAGUACGAAGUGCCCUCGACAUCUUCCGAGCAUGAAUCUAUCGACCAGGAGACUAGAGUUCUCGAGCACAUUGAAGAGGUUGAGCCUAUUACCGCAGACACUGCACGGGAGAUGCCGCCAAGCUCCUCUACCCAAUCUGCAACUAAGGAGGCCCCAAGCAUGGUGGGAGCAGAUAUCGAGUUCGCGGCUGCACUUGCUGCUGCAACUGCAGCUGCAGGCUUUGACCCUUCGCUUGUAACGGAUGAUCCCACCUUCCAUACCAGGCGCUCUCCUCCUACCUCGGAGCCGAAGGUGCAGUUUGUGUCACCCUGGGAAGAAGCGCCCGUGCCACGGUCCGUGCCUCAUGGAUUUGUGGAAGGCGAAGUCGAGACGCCAGACGAUGACGAGAACAUCCAGAUGGCACCAGAGUACCGCAUCGAGGAUGGUCCCCUCUUUUCAGAGCCUAGACCUCGUACUGGUGAAGAGCUUGCUAAUGAGCCCCGGCAAUCUAUUGCGCAAGAAGUUAUCGAGCACCUCAGCCGCAGGAAAGAGCGUAAUGCUAGCGACAGCCCUGCUAAUCAGCCAAACCUGGAGCCCGCCAGCAAGGGCGUUUCUGAGAUUCCCGUGGAGGUCCUUUCUAUGCCCGGUGGUUUCGAGCCAGAAGAGUCAAUGGAGAAGCAGGGGAAAGCGAGCGAUUCGACCUCCACGCAAGAGCGCGAUUCUCCUUACUUCGUGUCAGGGCCUGGAACCAAGGAGGAUGGCCCUUCGCCAUUGCGAGACACUCCAGAGCAGAGCAGCGGUGACAUCGAGCCAAACGACGAUGACUUUGAUCCAAUCACAGUCGGGGCUGAUGGAGGUGAAGGGAAGAAGAAGCGACGGAAGAGGCGUUCCAAGCGCAGUAGUAGCGACAACUAUGAAGACGCAGUUUCCAUCACCUCUUCGCCCGCCAGGCUGGAAGAAAAGACGAAGGAGACAAAGCCCGGCGGUUUCUUGAGCAAUCUUUUUGGGUCAAGAGUUUCAGCACCGGUAGAAGACAAAGAGACAUCCUUUGCUGAUAAACAUGCCUCUCGUGAAGUCCAAUCGGAGAUCGGGUCUGGACGUAGAGAGAAAUCAUCGCGGCAUCGCAGCUCCAGUCGAGGAGACGGGCUGGAUGGCGAGUCUCGCAAGCAGGAUGACGCGGAGAACAUUAACGUUGAACAUUAUAAGUCUAGCAGGCAACGAAGGGAAGAGAGACGUCGACAAAGAUACGAAGACAUGAUGGAAUCUGGUAAAUCGUCGGAGUUUGAGAAGGUAUAGUGCUUGGUUGUUUUUCCCAUUACCUGUAAAUUUUGGCUUUGCCUUGGCUAUUCCCAUAUCCGUUUGACAGUUCACGUACAGCGCAUAUACUAAG